AUGGUUGACAACAUCGACAAUCAGCAGCAACAGCAGCUGGAACAGAAAGAACAUCAAGUUUCAAACACCGCGACACCUAUUGCUGUACAAGAUUUAGCCGCCGAGUGGCGGACAAAGGAGUAUAAGAAACAAUCCCAGCUACCUAUUUGUCAAAAUGAAGUUAUGCUAAAGAUGCAAGAAGCUACCAGGUUGCUUAAGGAGUGUAAGGGGGAGGAACCAGGUACUUUGCAGAGAAUGGAGUGGGAUUCACUUUAUGACGUUUCCGCCAAUGUUAUGGAUGAGUAUACAAAAAAUGUAGAUGCUGUACUGGCUGAAAUGGAUCAGUUAUAUAGAAAACAGUACUUAUGGCAAGAAGCAGCAUUUGUUAUGGAUUCUCAUAGAGGUGCUACCAUGAUAGGAAGAGCAGAAGAAUGGAUGAAACUUAAGGAACAGCACCUAGGGUUUAGAAGGAAAGAAUUGGAUAGAUCUGCUAGCGUAAUUAGAAAGACCAUUGAGAGGUUGACUAGUGAAAAGUAG